AUGGACCCUAAAUUUAGCGAACGUCGAGACACCAUGUUUCGCGUUUCGCCGAGACCACCAGCCGACCAAUGCCAAUCUCACGCGACAGUUACAUCUUCGCAGCAAUUCGCCAAGGGUUCGCCGAAGUCGCCAGGCCGAACCGCUGUCGCGAGCUGCGUAUCCCUUCCCCGUCUCUUCGCUCUCCUCGUCCUUUUAGGGUGCGUAGGAUUGUGGCCGGCUUUUCUCCGCACCGCCGCAAAUCACGCCGACGAUCGCGGCGCUGCCAGCGAAAACCCCGGUUCAGAGUCAUCGGAUAGCCCAGGCACGCAUAACGGCUUCUUCAGCGUGUUUGGCGGGCCUUCCGCGAUUCGCGGCCGAUUCUCCGCGCGGCAGCUGAUGGAGAUGACGUCAGAGGGCGCUUUAAGGCACGGAGGGCGCCGCGAAGGGGGGACCGUGCUGACGUGGCACGACGAUAUGACUGAAGCGGAAGGGCAAACGGAGAAGGGGAAAGGGGGAAGGCAUGAGGGGGAAGGGGGAAGAGAGGAGAGAACGGAAGAAUCAGCGAGGGGGGAGGGGGAAGCGGAAGGGGAGCGUGCGGGGGGUGGGGAGGAGCGCGCCCACCGCGCUGGCCCGUCUAUCGCGCCAGACGCAGUGCUCGCCACGGCAUCCCGCGGUGGGGAGCGAGGGGCGGUCAAAGCGCCUGAAGCGCUGCACCCUGUCUUGGGGGACGAGGAGGCGUCGCGUGGAGUGGAGGGCGGGGGAAGAGGGGUGGGAUUGGGGGAUGGGCGGGGGGAGGGAGGAGAGGGAGGAGAACGAGCAAGAGAGGGAGGCGAGGGGGGAAGAAAGGUGGGGAAUGACAGAGGAAUAGUAGGAUUAGGGGAGGAGGGCGAGAGAAGGGGAUUGGAGGGAGGGGAGGGAGGAGCGGAAGGAGGAGGGGAGGGAGGGGAGUGGGGUUGGCGGUGGGUGGACGAGAAGGACGCAUCCUGGCCGCUCUACUCCGCUGCAUCCUGUCCGUUCAUCUUCCCCGGGCAGAACUGCCGAUCCAACGGCCGCCACGACACGAGAUUCGAGCGUUACGCGUGGCGGCAGGGCGGGCAGAGGAGUGGGGAAGGCCGGGAGGGCUGGGGGGGAGGGGAGGGAGGGGAGGAGGCGGAGGGCAAGGGGAAGGAAGGAGGGGAAGGGGGGGAAGAAAGAGGGGAGGAGGCGGAGGGGAAGGAGCGGUCGUGGUUUGAUGCUCUGCGGGGCGUGCGACAUGGAAGAGGGAUUGGAUCCGCCUCACCCGUGACAGCCAAUGGGAUGAUGACACGUGUGGCGUAUGUGGGGGACAGCAUGAUGCGCAACAUGUUUGAGAGCAUGGCUUGCAUGCUGCAUGCGCACCCCAUGUGCGGCGGCAAUCCCGAGGUGGUGCGCGCGAAUGUGGUGGAGAGGGUGAUACGAUGGGACACCUGCAACGUCACCCUCGCUAACCUCAGGAGCAACUUUCUCACGGAGAUCUCCUUUAAAGACCCAACGGACGAGUUCAAGGGCGCUACUCUGUACCUCUCCCGCCCCGACAAGCGGUGGAAGCAGCGCGUGAAGAGCUAUGAUGUGUUUGUGAUCAACUCAG